UUGUGGGAGUUACAGUUUGUGCCACAUAUCCGUUUCCAGACGGCAACUUUCUACAGUCAGACUGCAAACUGAGUCCAGCGGCAGGGACCGUACCAUCGCGCUCAGGAUGUGUUCCCGGGACUCUUUUUCAGCAUCUGGAUAUCGUCUGGCGGAGCGGAACCGUAGACUCUGGAAAUAAUUCCCAUGUGGGGAACUUUGGCGGUUUGUAGCUAAUGAAGAAUAGCUAGUUAAACGAGUCGUGGCGAAGAUUAGCUAACUGAGCUAACAACCGUAUUCAUUGAGAGCAGGAGAGUGCGCUUUCUGCAUGUUUAUUUAAAGCCAGAAGCUACCUUUAGUCCUUUGACAAUGCUGUAGGUCUGUAACCGGUUGGUGUAAUCUGAGACCUCUGUAUGGCUUCUAAAAGCUGCUACGGAGCACUGCAACAUGGGUACCAAUAAGCACAGCUCGUUUCGGGGGUUGAGGUCGGUGCUGGUAGCAGUUGCAGGAGAUUGCUUUCAUUGAUUUGGCCGCUCCUUCGCCAAAUACAUGCUAUGAGGUUGCCAGGAAAUUUCCCAGAGGAGGUGUGUUAAGCUGUGAUCAUCGUUUUCAUUUGCAAAGAAUGUCCGACUUGGAAAGUUCCGGUUCAUAUUUUGGUUCGGAGGAUCCGCAGUGGCUAUGCAUGGUCACACUUUUCAUCGCGUCCCUGGUCACUUUAAUACUGUACUUCGUGCAGUAUUUCCAACAUAAGUGUGUAGGAAAUAAGCAGAGAGCAGCAGAGGACAAUGCGGCGAAGGAGGAAGCCGCCUCUCUGCUGGGAUGGGCGCUGUCACUGAAUAGCUGGAAAAGUCAGUGGAGAGGAGCUUGGUGCAGGGCUUUGAAUGACGAAUCAAGGAAGCGUGGGGGUCCUGUUCUGUUGACAUUUGGAGAGGAUGAUCUUGAGGCAACAGAGCUCAUGGUCAGCCAAGUGUCCAGCUUUCAGAAGUCUGCCAGAAACAAGGCCGCUUCCUGCAGUGUGGUUGGGGAGAAGCUUCAGUUCUCUGUCAGUGCAGUAUCGACAGCCAUGGCUACAGCACUUCCUUGUAAAUACAAAGUCUGUAUAACUCCACUGGAGCUGCAGCUUGAUCUACAGAUGCAAGAAGCUAAUGAUAAGGUCAAGUUGAGCUGGGGAGUGUCUCAGCUGGAGACAGGGGAGCUGCAGGUGACACCUACUUCCACCCAGGACAAUCCCAGCUCUCCCAGUGUAGCAGCCAUAACGGAGCAGCUGAGGCAGCUAUUAUGUGCAACGCGUCCCUCGGUGCUGCUGAGCUGCAGGCCUGCUCAGGCCUCAGAGGUCAAGGAAGCCCACAACAAUGUGGUUUCCCCCCCAAAACCCCCCCGUGCCCACGACUGGAAGCUGCUGGUGAAGAACAUCCGGGUCACACUGAAUCAGGAGGAAGAUGCUGCAGGCAGCACCAAUCCUCUGUGUGUACUGCAGUUAGAUGAUCCUCCACAGAGGUUUAACACCUCUGUUUUGAAGAACACAACCAAUCCUGCCUGGGACCAGCCAUUUAUUUUUGAAUUGAAUGGACUUUCAAAAGAGCUCAAUAUUCAGUUGAUGAAUGAUGGACAACCACAAGAGAAUUCCUUACUUGGUCAGGUGUCAGUGCCUUUUGAUCUCGUAAAGAAGCAACCCAAAGGACAGCAAACAUUUGCACUCAUGACCAAAGACGGAGUGACUGGAUCACUUACUACUGACUUUACCUACCUGGAGCCCAGUGAGGUGAGGUCCUGGCACCCUCCAACCCCAGCCUCCAGUAAGAGGGUGGAGAUGGACCGUACAGUCAUGCCCUGUGGCACGGUGGUCACCACCAUCACCGCGGUGAAGAGCAAGCCGGGCCGACCACUCCCUGUUGGACUCAACAUAGAUCCUGCCCAGAAAGCGGUGGCCAACAAGCCCAAGCUGUCAGAGCGCCGUGUUUCAGAGCAGGCGUCUAUGCUAGGGGCCACAGUCAGCAAGGCCCUGUCCUCUUCUGACACCGAGCUGCUGAUGCUCAAUGGCACGGACCCGGUGGCCGAGGCCGCCAUCAGACAACUCCACCAGUCUGCCAAGCAGAAGCUCAAGUCCCCAGUGAAGAAGAGUACCAUCAUCAUCUCUGGCAUCGCUAAAACACCCUUGUCUCAGGAUGAUGAGCUAGCUCUGAUGGCGGGCUACGCCGCAGCGAUGGACGCCUCCAUGUCAGAGGGCAGCUCUACUCAGGAUGUGACCAUGGCGAUAGCAUCAGGGACCAGUAGCCCUCCAGAGGAAUCGGAGCCCCAGGAAGGCCCCAGUGGAAUAGGCCGGCCUCCAGAGGACUGGGAGAGCCAGACCGGAGAGGAACUAGACCAUACGUCGCUAUCCAUGUGUGUGUCUGAGGCGAGCUGCAAGAAGAGCAGAGAGGAAAGCAGUGCUAAGCACACAUUAUGUCCAGAUGAGCAGCUUCCUUCAGAAGAGUGCCAAGCUCUUCUUCCGGCGGCGUCACCAGCGCAAGGACCCGGGGAUGAGCCAGUCGCACAAUGACCUGGUUUACCUGGAGUCUCCAGCUGCAGUGGAGCGGGCGAGCCGAACAGCCACGCUUAGCCGUAUGCUCAACCGCAAGAGCAAGAAUAAGAGCAAAGCCAACGGCUCUACCUCCAUGGGGGAGCCACAUGCGUGACCCCUCUCUCCUCUGUCACCUCAGUCCCUCCUACAACAACUACCAUCACCACCUUCACCUCAAAGUUGCACUGGCAAACUUCCUGGCUAACACCCCCCGC